UCUAGGAUCCUUGUAAACGACUCCUCCCACGAAAUCAAGUAGUGGACAGUGCCAAAGACUAGAGCCAUUUUUUCCCAUUAACCCCCUUACUUUCCCCCCUCUCACCUUUUGUUUUGACGUAUAUAUCACCAGCCCCACCUUCCAUUCUUCCAAAAACAAUGGCCAUCACCAUGCCCACUGGUAGACCUCUCCUCCCCUUUCUCUUCUUCUUCAUCUUGUAUCACACUUGCUUUUCCUGCAAAGGGGUUUUCGCCGGAAAGUCGAAUGUGACGGCCAAAAUUCCUCGACCGAUGAUUGGAUUCGGAAAAGAGAAGAUUAGUCACCUUCACUUCUACUUCCAUGACGUCCUCAGUGGUCGAAAUCCAUCUGCUAUUCAGGUGGCAAGGGCAGACACUACUAGCAAAUUCUUAACUCUGUUCGGAGCUGUUUAUAUGAUUGAUGAUCCCCUCACUGAGGGUCCUGAUCCUAAGUCGAAGCUAUUCGGAAGAGCACAAGGGUUCUAUGCAUCAGCUUCGCAAACUGAUCUGGGGCUCCUCAUGGCCAUGAACUUUGCGUUUGUUGAGGGGAAAUACAAAGGGAGCACCUUAACUAUUCUUGGGAGGAAUCCGGUGCUGAAUCCUGUGAGGGAGAUGCCGAUUAUUGGAGGCAGUGGCUUGUUCAGGUUGGCUCGUGGCUAUGUGCUCGCGAAGACACAUUUGUUUGAUCUGAAAACUGGAGAUGCAGUGGUAGAGUACAAUGUCUAUGUUACACAUUAUUAACUUUUUCUUUUAUUUUUUCUUUUUUCGCUUUUCUUUAAGAAUUUCUCCUGUAACUUAUGUAUGCUCUGUGAGAGUGAUAGCGUUGUUUAUGGUCGAUUAUUUUUAGUUAUAUCUUCUGAGAGUAAUGGAACAAAAAGAGACAUAAUUGUUGGAAA